UGACCCAUCAAUGACUACAAUACCCACAUUGCACCGCGCCACACUCGACCGUCAGGCACUGCUGCAAUAGUAGCGACAAAUUGCUUGGUUUGUUCAGUCUUGGAAAGCUUCGAGUAUGGACCAAGACAACAAUUCUGAGGACCAGUCUGUGGGACGAUUGGAGGAUCCUUCAGAAAUGGCACCACUUUCUCUUCCUCCAGGAAUUUCGGACAGUGAAGCAAUGGAACUGCUUUGGAAAUAUCGAGGCCAGCGUCGCCAGUCAUCACCUGACCUACCAGAGACAGUGACCCGUCUUAUUUCCCCUGAUGGCAGCCUUCUGUACUUAGUGGGCACUGCCCACUUCAGUGACAGCAGCAAACGGGACGUGGCUUCGACGAUCCGUGCUGUGCAACCAGAUGUGGUUGUUGUGGAGUUGUGCCAGUACAGGGUGUCCAUGCUGAAGCUGGAUGAGAACACAUUGCUGAGGGAAGCCAAAGAGAUUAACCUUGAGAAGGUCCAGCAGGCCAUCAAACAGAAUGGCGUGAUGUCUGGCCUGAUGCAGAUUCUCCUGCUCAAGGUUUCUGCUCACAUCACUGAGCAGCUCGGCAUGGCUCCUGGUGGGGAGUUCAGGGAAGCCUUCAAAGAGGCUGGACAUGUGCCAUUCUGUAAAUUUCAUCUUGGAGACAGGCCCAUUCCUGUGACGUUGAAGAGGGCCAUCGCUGCUCUCAGCCUGUGGCAAAAGGCCCGUCUUGCUUGGGGUCUUUGCUUCCUUUCAGACCCAAUCAGCAAAGAGGAUGUAGAGAAAUGUAAACAGAAGGACCUGCUGGAACAGACCAUGUCAGAGAUGAUCGGAGAGUUUCCGGCUCUUCACCAAACCAUCGUGGCUGAGAGGGACAUCUACCUUACGCACACACUGCGCCAAGCUACACGCUGUGUGGAGGCUCCCCCUAAUGCCCAGAAAGUGCCUGCUGUUGUGGUGGGAGUUGUCGGAAUGGGUCAUGUGCCUGGCAUUGAAAGAAACUGGGAUAAGCAGCUCAACAUCAGCGAAAUUAUGAGUGUUGCACCCCCAUCUCAAUUUGGUUGGGUUUUGCACACUGUAGUUAAAGGUGUCAUGAUCGGGAUGUUGGGGUAUGUCUGCUACCGUGCUGGAGGGAGUUUAGUUCGAGCCCUGUUGUCUUCAUCUGCUGUCCGAUCAGUUGUGGACAAUCUACGACCAUCUCCUGCUUGACCUCACAGGUCAGCUGAAAGCCAUCACGGACUGACACAGCAGUUGCUUCAUGAAAACAGCGCAUCUUUUACCAGUGGCCUUAAGAGGAUGUUUGGCUAAAAGGCAAGGUUGCUCAGCCAACAAAGACCUCAGGGGGGCACCACAGCGCCACAUCUCGCUGUGGUGCCCCAACGGACAUGGUACAGCCUUACUGCCAAAGAAACCAACACACACAUGAUUGUUUUGGCAUUUGUGGAACAGGCUUUAUUCUCUAAGGUUUAAAAAAAGACAGUGUUUAUGAUGCUUCAAGGUUUAUUCAUUUCUAAAACUAGGAACAUUUAAAAUUAGGAGGAAAAUUUAAUUUUAUGGUUCGUCAAAUCCACAAGAAAUCAUCUUCAGCCAAAUCCCCCGGCAAUGUUUUCAUACAAGUUUCUCCUCUUUCGUCUCUCCAUUCUAGUGCCAGUUUUUGGUUGGCAAUCAUUUUAUAUGCAAUGCAUUGGGAAAAAAAAGGCUAAUACCAAAUGGCAAAAUGAAAAUGACCUUUUUUUUUUUUUGCAACUUGUUUUUACAUUAUUGGUACAGUGAGUUGUCAUUAAAUUCUUACCAACUUGAUUAUUUACUUGGCAUGUAUUUGUAGACUUAAGUUGGUGAAAAAAAAAGUUUUCCAUGUUCACAGACCUGCCUAUGCUUAACAAGUGCCUCUCAAUGCAUCAGCAAGUGUGAAUGCAUUUUUGGCAUACUGUACUUUAUGACCCCCAGAGGUCAGUACAAAUUUAGAAACUUCUCAAGGUAUAUUUUAUAUGUAGUUAUUUUAAAUGUUGACUUUUCAAUGUGUGAUACAUUGAUUUCAAUAGAAUCAGUACCACGGCACCUAGAUUCAUGUGAGACUCAUUGCAUGCAAGGCUUAUGUUUCUCAGGGUGAGUAAAGUAUGAACAAUAAUACUGAUCAUUGCCCCCCUCACAAACCUACAGCACUGUUAAUAUAACUUGUCCAGAGUUUGUCAUGAAUCAGUUGAGCCUCAAUCCCUUGUUUAAGGUUCAUUCAGGAAAUUGAUUUUGUGUGUAGGAAAUCAUCCGUAAAGCCUGCACA